ACCCGACACCCAGCACCGCAGCCUUGCUGCUCAGUCCGAGAGUGAUCUUCCCGAGCAAGAGGAGGAAAUCCUGGGAUCAGAUGAUGAUGAGCAAGAGGAUCCAAAUGAUUACUGUAAAGGGGGUUACCACCUUGUGAAAAUAGGAGAUCUCUUCAAUGGACGCUACCACGUCAUUCGGAAGCUUGGAUGGGGUCACUUCUCCACCGUGUGGCUGGCCUGGGACAUCCAAGGGAGGAGAUUUGUGGCAAUGAAGGUGGUGAAGAGUGCAGAGCACUACACAGAAACAGCACUGGAUGAAAUCAAAUUGCUGAAAUCGGUCCGCAGCAGUGACCCAAAUGAUCCAAGCAAGGAGAGAGUUGUUCAGUUAUUAGAUGACUUCAAGAUUUCAGGAGUGAAUGGUUCCCAUAUCUGUAUGGUGUUUGAAGUUCUAGGGCAUCAUCUCCUGAAGUGGAUCAUCAAGUCAAAUUAUCAGGGUCUUCCUCUCCCUUGUGUCAAAAAAAUCAUCAAACAGGUUCUUCAGGGUCUGGAUUACCUGCAUACCAAGUGUAGAAUCAUCCACACAGAUAUAAAGCCUGAGAACAUCCUGCUGUGUGUGAAUGACCAGUACAUCCGCAGGCUGGCUGCAGAGGCAACAGAGUGGCAGAGAUCUGGGGCUCCCCCACCAUCUGGCUCUGCAGUGAGCACUGCACCACAGCCUAAACCAGCUGACAAAAUGUCAAAGAAUAAGAAAAAGAAGUUGAAAAAGAAGCAGAAAAGACAAGCUGAGUUGUUGGAGAAGCGAAUGCAAGAGAUAGAGGAAAUGGAGAAGGAAGCAAACCCUGAGCAGACACAGCCUGAAGAGGAGGAGGAAGCUCAGACUCCAGUGGAAAUGCUCAUAAAAGUCAGCCCAUCAGAGGAAAGCAUCAACAAAAAGCCAGCAGAAACCCUUGGGCAGGAGGGAUCCAAUCUCAUGGAAAGCAACGUGGAAAAAGAGGCUGCAGAAAUCAACUGCAACGGGGUGAUGGCCAUGACAGAGCUGACAGACUGUGGGAACGAGGGCUGCGUGUGCCUCGAGGACGACCUGCACAACGCCAAUGCCCCUGCCAACGCCCCUGCCAAUACCCCUGGCACCCAGCACCCUGACAACUUGCACAGCUCCAAUUACGCCCAGCACAACAAUGACUCAGAGCUCGGGCCCCAGGAAGCAGUGUUGGACUUGUUUGUGCCCUUGGCUCCAGAGGAUUCCAUGGUGUGCCAGCCCGUGCCCAGCCAGGAGCAGGCACUGAGCGAGCAGGGCAUCAACAAUUUUCAUCAGGAAAGCAUCAGGACAGAGAUCCCUUCAGAGGAUGAGAAUGAGACUAACAGCCCCACAGACAACAAAGGAAAAUCAGCUGCUGGGAAUUUCCUUCUUAAUCCCCUUGAGCCCAAGAAUGCAGAUAAGCUCAAAGUGAAGAUAGCUGACCUAGGAAAUGCCUGCUGGGUGCACAAGCAUUUCACUGAGGACAUCCAGACCAGGCAGUACAGGUCGCUGGAGGUGCUGAUAGGGUCGGGGUACAACACCCCUGCAGACAUCUGGAGCACAGCCUGCAUGGCCUUUGAGUUGGCAACAGGGGACUAUCUGUUCGAGCCUCACUCUGGGGAAGAUUACUCACGAGAUGAAGAUCACAUUGCAUUGAUCAUAGAACUCCUGGGGAAAAUACCUCGCAAGCUCAUUUUGGCAGGAAAAUAUUCCAAGGAGUUUUUCACCAAAAAAGGUGAUCUGAAGCACAUCACCAAACUGAAGCCCUGGGGCCUUUUUGAAGUGCUGGUGGAAAAAUACGAUUGGGCCCAAGAUGAGGCAGCUGGAUUCACAGACUUCUUACUCCCUAUGCUGGAGCUGAUCCCAGAGAAACGAGCUACAGCAGCAGAAUGUCUCAGGCACCCCUGGCUUAACUCCUAGAAGCUUCCAAGCAAUGCCACAACGUUAAACUCUGGUUUACAGCAUAGCCUACACACCCAGCUGCCCUUUCCCAGAUCCAUUUUUCUCCUUGUUCACUUUCAGUGUGGAGUUCUUCCUUCAAGGCUUCCAAGAUUUUAGAUAAAUCUAAACCUGUUCUGCUGAGUUUGUUUGUGUGACUUAAUGGGGACUCUCCUCAGCCAGUGGGCAUCAUCUGUGUUUUUGCCUUGGUUGGGCUUCACCAAAGACUAUUUGACUAGAAUAAGAGAUUUUUCCUCAGUCUCCUCACUGUAAAGCACCGUGUGUGACAGAUGUGAGCUCACCCUGCUCAGAUAUCUCCCUUAGCUAAAUUCCAACUCUCCUUCCUUCCUUCCUUCCCAUGAAGAUCUCACUGACUCAGGAGUCAAUUUUCCCACUGUUGAUCAGUAGCUACUGAUGGGGUGAGAAGUAACAGUUGGCAUCAAGGUGCUGCCAGAUCCUUGGUAGAGCAAAGACCUUGAAAUCCUCCAUCACUCUCUAGGUGUCUACUGUAUUCUGUGUUCUUUGCUUUCCACUCAGAAACGUUUAUUUAGUCCUAGCUGCUUUUGGAAGAGCUUUUUAAACCUAGGUUUUAGUAUGCUUUAUUUCUCCCUCCAAAGUGCCCUGUUCAUUUACAUUUUCUCCUCCCCAGUGCCCUUGAUAGUUGGAAUAGUUUCUGGAUUUGGUGAUGUUUUCUACUCCAACACCUGUGACUAACAGGUGACAGCGAAAUCAGCAGCAGCUGGAGCUGACUCAACGCACAACCCUCAGCCUGCAGAGAGAGCCUCAUUGCAGGCACCUCUCAACUCUUAAUUAUAGUGAGCCAUACAUUUUUGGGGGUUUCUAUCCCUUACUGGCACUUUUUUUGCCUUGCUUGACGUGGUAUUCAUGAGAGAUUGGCUUUCACUGAUGCAGUCUGCUCUGACUUUUCAUUUUUGACCAUUCACUUUUUUUUUUUUCCCCAAGGGAAGGGAUGCAGUGCCUGUAUCACAGCCAUGCUGCAGCCCCGCACUUUGAAAAUCAACACUUGAAAUUCCAGUGGAAAGAUUUCUUUUAAUUUGCUUCAGGUGCAGGCCUUCAGAAAUAACUUCCCAGGAUGGGAGUGCCUUUUAUUUUCUGGGCCUUUAGCACAAGAAGAGAGCUAGCAGAAGUGGAAGAGAAGUGACUUUUCCACAUAGAUGCUGGAUUAGAAGCUGUUUCUAGAGUUACCCCGAGUAAGAAAUGGUCUAUGGGGUUUCUAUGUAAACUUCUCAGAGGGGGUUUGGAUAUAAUGGGUUAAAUGGAUUAAUUUUAAUUAGAAGUUAAAUGACUGUGGCAUUUAAUAGUUCUGUGAUGGCUUCUUCUAGACCUGCCCAUCCUGUUACAGAUUUCAGUGCAUCCCACUGUUGUCUAAGCAAGAUUUGGCAGCAUUGAGACUUCAGAGUCACUUCCUCGCUCUGGACCAAACAAGAGAGGCUUUGGAUUGUGGUGGCUUGCAGAGGGUAGAGGUUGCUGGAGACCAUGCAGACGCUAUCCAAGACCAUUUCCAUUGCCAGAGCUGCCAGGACCACUGUUCUGUGUCACUUGUGUGUGUGUGUGUUUGGGAAUUGUGGUUCAUGAGGAUCAUUCACUCACAAACCAGGUCGUUUAAUCCACUUGAAGAGUUUCUCCAGUUCAGAGCCUGAUUUGGCUUAUUUAUGCAAAUCAUGCUGCAUGUUCCUUUAGUGGUAGAUCAGGUUCUCUAUGCAUAUAAUAAAAAAAAGACAGGUAACAUACCAAAAAGUGUUUUAAA